AUGUUCGUGGGAGGUAAGUUUGGUGACGACAUCGCAAAAUACUUGGGACUUAGAGAUGCUGUUGGCAAACUGGUAAAGGAAAUCGGCGAUCCCGGUUACCCUUUUCCGGAUCCACUACACCACUGGUGUAUAAUUGUCAUCGACUACGUGUAUGAGCUAGUAGGAAAGCCAACCUUUGGCUGGCCCCCGUUUGUUACCAUCAACUACGAGCGGACACGCGGCAUUUCAGGGAGUUGGACCAUGCACCGAAUUGGAGUAACAUCUAAAAGUGAUGACCAGAUUCACGAGGCUGCGCAAGAAACCAUAUUGAAGAUGCCGCAAGCGUACCACGUGCUUGACAAUAAUUGCCAGCACUUUGUGGUAAACCUCGCCGAUGCGAUCUUGCGAGAUCCUCGCCACAAAUACUUGUCCGUUAAAGGCCAAUUCAUUUCUGCACAUGAAAUUGGAGUUCAGCCUGAGAGGAGCGAGCCAACACAAGAUGAACAAAACUUCAAGGGCAAGGAUGACUUUCGGGAAGACGAAGACAUCGAGGAAGGAAACCCCGUCCCAAUCACCGAUCGAGAUGCCGAGGGUGAUGUUAUUGAGAACGAGAAGGAACGCAGAAAGAUGAUGUUGAAGUCCAUAGCUGACUUCAUGGCUGAUAACACUCCACCUAUUCAGGAACGCGAGGUAAUUUAUCAGUAG